CCGUGCGCAGAAAUCGUUCGCAUGUGCCUCUGCUCUCUGGAAAAUGAGCACCGCCUGCCUUGGUUUUAAGUAGCAAUUCUAAUCUCUGGAUUACAUUCAUACAUUAGACCACAGUCAUGUCAGGAGACGAGAUGAUCUUCGACCCCACCAUGACCAAGAAGAAGAAGAAGAAGAAGAAGCCCUUUAUGUUGGAGGAGGAAGGAGGAGAUGUAGGGAACGAGGAUGCAUCGCCUCUUGAAGCGAAAGAUACAGAACCCGACGGAGGAGAGGAGAAGGACCAGGAUCCAGAUGAGGAUGAUGGGAAGAAGAAAGAAAUCUCUGAUGAUUUGGAUGACUUGAACUUCUUCAAUCAGAAGAAAAAGAAGAAAAAAAAGGCAAAAACAUUUGACAAUGAGUUAGAAGAAGGAAUGAAGGAACUUAAAAUUGAGGUGGAACCCUCAGAAGCCAUGGAAGAUGAUGAUGUGGAGCUACCAAUGAAGAAGAAGAAAAAGAAGCAGGUCAAUUUUCUGGAAGAAGAAGAUUCUGAAAGCAAAGAUGAUGGUGAGGAGAUUGAGGAAGAGAAACAUGCUGAUGACAUCAUCACCUUCAGCUCCCAGUCAGGACCUGCCUGGGCUGGCACAGAGAGAGACUACACAUAUGAUGAGCUUCUGAACCGUGCAUUUAACAUCAUGAGAGAGAAAAACCCUGACAUGGUGGCGGGAGAGAAGAGGAAAUUCGUCAUGAAGCCUCCUCAGGUCGUCAGAGUUGGCACCAAGAAAACAUCCUUCGUCAACUUCACAGACAUCUGCAAACUCUUACAUCGACAGCCAAAGCAUCUCCUGGCUUUUCUAUUGGCUGAGCUCGGAACAAGUGGUUCUAUUGACGGUAACAACCAGUUAGUGAUUAAAGGGCGAUUCCAGCAAAAACAGAUUGAGAAUGUCCUCAGGAGAUACAUCAAGGAGUAUGUGACGUGCCACACCUGUCGCUCACCAGACACCAUCCUUCAGAAGGACACUCGUCUCUACUUCCUUCAGUGUGAGACCUGCCACUCGCGGUGCUCCGUGGCUAGCAUCAAGACAGGCUUCCAGGCUGUCACGGGCAAGAGGGCCCAACUUCGUGCCAAAGCCAACUAGAGACAGUCAAGCACUCUUCACAUAACCACCUUCAGAGGAAGAAGUUGACAAAAUUAUGCCAGAGGACAAAACACUUUUAUUUCAGUGAAUUCAAAAUGUAAAUAGAAAUGAAAAUCUGUUUACUAAUGGUGAAGCAUUUAUCUCAGAUGAUUUUCUUAUUAAAGCGGAUAUGGUCUCCUUUUUAA